AUGUCAUUAAUCCAACCAUUGCAAACAGAGAAGCAGCUAAAUGCAGACGACGCAAUAAAAUACUUGGAACUUGUACGCACAGAGUUCAGUGAUAAACCGCAUAUAUACAUAGAGUUUCUUGACAUCAUGCGAGAAUUUAAAAGUGCCGUAAUUGGCACAGAAGAUGUCAUUGAGCGAGUUAUUUUGCUGUUUAAAGACAGAGUUGAUAUUAUUCUAGGAUUUAAUACAUUUCUUCCGUCCGGAUUCGUGAUUGAAUUUUUACAUGGGGAAAAUGAUAGAAAGAUUGCUGUUACAUCACCAAGUGGACGUCUAGAUUUUAUGUUGCAAAUUUCUGGAAUUCCUAUGACAAGUUUGGUCACUGCGAACAACUCCUUUGUCAUCCCUAUGCGAUCUUCUCCUUUUACCGCAUCUUCUGCUCAAUUUACAUCAACAUCCACAAAACUUCAGCAUUUUUUGCUUGAACCAUCAGAAAACAAUAGUGAAUCAACAUUUUCUCAAAACAUAUCGGAAUAUAUUUCUCAACAACGGCAGCAAUAUAUUCCUACUUCAGUACAAUCGCAACCGCAUACUCCUGUGGUCGCAGCUCUUCAAUUACAGCAAAAUCAAGUAAGAAAACGAAUUCAAGAAAAUAUUCCUUUCAAUGAAGCGAUAGAAUACAUCAAUAGGAUUAAGACGCGAUAUGUAGCAGAACCGGACGUGUAUAAAGAAUUCUUGGAAAUGCUACAAGCGUAUCAACUUAAGGAAAUUAGUAAUAUGGAAGUUGGCUCUCGCAUUCAAGAUAUCCUCCAAAAAUCGCCGGAUUUGUUGAAUGAAUUCAUAGAUCGAUUUCUUCCUAGUUCUCCAGGUCCAAGCAGUUUAUCUAAUAAAUCCAACAUGGAUAUGCAAACAAUCGAAAACGCUUCGGGCUCCUGCAAUACUUCUAUUUCGGAAUCGAUGAUGCAUGUAAUUCCACCAGAUGCCAUGUCAGGUAAGGAGAAUAUUUUACGAGCUGAAGGUUUCAAUGUUAAUUCAAUCAUUGUGGUCAUUGAAAUGUCAGAAAUUAACUCAAAUAUUAUUAAUUCAUUAUCGUCACCUGCAGUAGUCAAUUUGCCUAAUGUGUAUAAUAAAAAGAAACGAAGGAAUGUAGAGGAUAAUGAAUCUUUUUUAAUUGCAGAAAAGGUGAAGAAAAAGAAAAGCAACCACAAUAAAAUUUCACCUACUCCAACAACAUCCAACUCGUCAGUCGUCGUUACAGAUUCUGCGAUCAGCAUCGAAGAAUUUACUUUCUUUAAACGGAUGAAAGACUUUUUAGGGCCAGCAUCACCAGAAUACCAAGAAUUUCUUAAAAUCCUCACACUCUACUCACGGCAAAUCUUAAACGAACAAUUUGUUGUGGAUAGAAUAAAAAUUAUUCUUGGUGAUGACGGUGAUGUAUUGCUUGCUGACUUCAAAAAGUUGAUCAAAUAUAAUGAAAAACAGGAUCCAGUUCUUGUUUACAAGUCUGCAGCCAACACUCAGCCUGUUACGACAUUGGAUUUAAAAAAUUGCAAACCAUGUGGACCUAGCUAUCGGACGCUGCAGAAAGAGUAUAAUUUUCAGAGUAUGCCCAGCACGGGUAUGGAUGAAGUAGCGCACGAAGUAUUGAACGAUGAAUGGAUGUCCUAUCCAAAAUGUGAAAGUGAGGAACAACACAUAGCACAAAAGAGGAAUGUCUAUGCAGAAGCGAUGAAUCAAUGUGAAGAAGAAAGAUACGAAUUCGACUUAUUCAUGGAAUCUCUUUCACUCACCAUCAAAAUACUUGAGCCGAUCAAAAGAAAAAUCAACACAAUGACUCCGCAAGAAAAGGUUACGUUUAGACUUCCACAGGGACUAGGUGGUAAAUCUUUGGUUUAUCAACGGGUAAUUAAAAAACUGUAUAAUGGUGGGCGCUGCAAUGAGGUAUUAGAUGCAGUGCACCAGAAUCCUGCAAUGGCGGUUCCUGUAGUAUUGAGGCGGUUGAAGCAAAAACACGAAAUGUGGAGAAAAGCACAUAUAAAUUGGAACAAAAUUUGGCGCGAAAUCAAUUAUAAAAAUUAUUACAAGUCACUCGACUUUCAAGGCAACACAUUCAAACAUGAGGACAAGAAGAAAACACUCAACGUCAAAAUUAUGUUAAGCGAAAUCGAGCAACUGUAUCAACAAUCGAAAAUUAAUGUUACAUUUCAAAAAUAUCAAUAUAAAUACGCAUUCGAUGAUCUCGAAGUGUUACGUGAUGCUGUUAUGCUUUUGCGCAUUUAUUUAUAUGAAUCUGAAAGAUAUGAUAUGGGACAGCGAAAAUCAUAUUGUGAUUUUGUGGAGACAUUUCUUGUGAAUUUGCUUGGUCUUCCGUUAGGAUUUUUUGGUGCUCAUGGUAGUAGCAAAAAUAACAAUGAUAAUAUGGAGAUUGAUGUAUUGGAUGAGAUUGCUGUAGAUAAUAAUAAGGCGGAGGAGGAGGAAGAAACUGAAAUUAAUAACGAUAGGCUAUGGACGCAGAAUUCUGAUGAUACCGAGAUUGUUUCGGAGGAUUCUAGAAUUGAUAAAUGCUUUUUUGGGAAUAACUAUUAUUAUUAUUUUAUGAGGCUAUUUCAGAUCUUGUAUAGUCGUUUGGAGUCACUAAAGAAUCUGUCACGACCGAUUCGAAAUAACAAUCCAAAUCACAUUCUGCAGGCGGGUUUACAAAAAUAUGAAUCAAACUUAGAUAUGAAAUCAUAUGACGCAUUACUUGACCUUAUUAUAAAAUACCUCAAAUCCUCGAAAGAAACAGCAACGAUCCAAUUUGAAGAAUGUGUAUAUCGAAUAUUUCCGACGAAGGGAUAUACUAUAUUUACUAUUAAACAAUUGCUUCAGAGUAUCGCUAAACAGAUGCAGAAUGUCAAGCAGUCAAAAAACAGUAACGGGUUGUGGGCACUUUACAUAAAACAUAAAGAUCACAAGUUUGAUAAUGAGAAGUCUGUUGGAACAACUCGCAUACCAUUAGAGUAUCAGACACUUGCCAAAGAAUUAAUUGGAGAUAAUGAUAACAUGUUUCGAAUUGAAUCCCAUAAAAAAGUGGUCUCAAUUGCAUUUUACAAUAGUUCUUCACUAACACUCGAAGAAGAUUGGUCCAACUAUCUUUUUAGUUAUGUAAAUGUAACAACGACUCGAGGUGUAGAUUUAAAGCAAUUGAAAAUGCCGUUCUUAAGGAGAAACUUCACAAAUUUACGAUGCACCAACCUAAAAAAGGUCAUGAAAAAACCCACAAAAUGGCAAAAGAAUAAUUUAGAAUUAUCGAUUAGCCGAGAAACUUCUAAAAUAUUUUUCAUCGAUGGUUCAGAGGACUGUUUUGUGUCCUCAAAUUUCGGAUGCGAUGAAAAGACUCUGACGAUUGCUAAUGUUUCCCGAAAUAAGCGAGCAGGUGCUUGGCGUGAAUGGUUAUCGGUAAAACACGCUAAUUUUGAUGAUAAUUAA